AUGCGCACAGCUCAGAGCCAACAGAAGAGUUUUACAGAUCGUCAACAUCGUCCCUUGGAGUUUGCUACUGGGGACCAUGUCAAUCUCAAGGUCUCACCCAUGAAGGGUGCAGUUUGUUUUGGAGCCAUGGGGAAGCUUGCCCCGUGGUUCAUUGGACCUUUCGAGAUCACUGGGUGUGUUGGUGUCGUGCCCUAUCGGCUUACCUUGCUACUUCAUUUGUCUGGCAUCCACAAUGUCUUUAAUAUUUUUAUGUUACAGAAGUGUAGGUCAGAUGUCGUUCCUGUGAUAGAUUGGGAGCCGUUAAAGGUUCAUGAGGAUGCUUUUUAUAUUGAGCAACUAGUUCGUAUCCUUAACCGGAAGGAGCAGGUCAUCCGGAUCAAGGUCAUCCACUUAGUGAAGGUUCAUUGGGGUCACCAUAAUGUGGAUGAGGCAUCUUAG